AUGUAUCGCCAUCCUACGGUUCAGUAUGCGGAGCUGGGUCUGGGGGGAAAGUGGGGACGUUUAGUGGUUUGGCUGUUUGGUAUAGAGUGGACGACCCCACAGAUCAGCCUCCAGCUGUCACAGUGGUACUCACUGUGCCUGACCUGGUCUCAUACAAACAACAAACCUGCCCUAUAUGUUAAUGGGAAACCAAUGGCGGUUACGCCAGCUUAUUACACAGACACAUCCUUCACUUCCCCUUCAUGCUGUAAACUGUCUCCCAACGGAUCGCUCACGCUGGGCGCGGGACACACCCUCAUACAAGGAGAGAUCCAGAUCAUUCCCUUUAGUACCAUGUUGGGCAAAAUAUCCUUGUUUCGGAUUUGGGGAAGAGAGCGCAGCAAACAAGAACUGACAUCACUGUACUGUACAGAGGGAGACCUAGUGAAAUGGGAGAGGGACCACUGGGACACAUGGUCAUGUGACCCCCUCACUGACUCCAGCUUGCAAUGUGAAUGGUCCAUCUACAAAGUGAGACUGCUGUUUGCGAUCAUCCGCCAUGAUAAGAACACCACUGAACUCUACAUAGCCAGAGACAUCGCACAUCACUGGGUAAAACUAACAAAUGUCAAAUUUUACUGCCUGGUUCAUAUUAAUGUCAUCCCCAGCUUAAACGUGGCAACUGUACAGGAGGAGACGUACAUAGAUCUUACAAUCCCCUACUAUCACCCCAGUGGUCUGCUGCAGCUUCUGGCCGACACCAGCAGCAUACACACCACCCCUGUUGAAAGUUUCCCUGAAGCAACCACCAGCCCUCCCGGUGUAGAGAUAGCAACCUCUCUUGUUUCAAACCCCACCUUUACGACCACAAUAACGCCGUCUUCUUUCUCCCCUAUCACCACAUUUAACACCCCAAACACCAGCAUGAAAACUUCUACUAGUGUGGCCACGGCCACCACCUUCACCACAACUCCUGCAAAUGUAUCUGAACUGUAUUUUGAGGUUAAGGUGAAUGUAUCCAUAACAGGAGAAUGUGACCCACAAGAGAUCCUUCCCAUCUGGGUGUGUCUCACAAAACAGCUAAACAGAUCACAAUUCAAGCUUUAUGUGUCUUAA